AUGGCGAAGUUUAAAUCCGGCCAUGCUGCACAAAAAGAUCACGGGCAGCACACCUGUCAUCAUCACGACUUUCCUGAAAGUAGAAAACACGGAGAUCACACUCAUCACCAUGGUGAUAAACAACACGAAAUCCAUCACCAUGGAAACCAAAUACACGGCCAUCAUCACCAUGGUGACCAUCAACAUGGCAACCGACAUCACUCUCAUCAUAGUCAUCAUCACCAUGGGGAUAAAGUUGCCUACCGACCCCGAAAGUCUACUUAUCCUAUGAUUUCUGUCGAAGAUGCACUUACCAUUGUCAUGGAGCAUGCGCAUUCGUUGCCUUCAGAGGAAGUCGGAUUUAGAGAGUGUUUGGGGAGAUUUCUUGCCGAGGACGUUUUUGCUGUUGAUCCACUUCCCCCAUUUCCGGCCUCCAUUAAAGAUGGCUACGCAGUUGUAGCCGCAGACGGCGCUGGAAAUAGAUUUGUGGUCGGCGAUUCCACGGCAGGCUCAGUGCCAAAAGGUGUUGUGACGUCGGGGUUCUGUGUCCGAAUCAACACGGGUGCUCCACUUCCGGUUGGCGCUGAUGCCGUGGUACAAGUGGAGGACACGAUCUUAGUUAGAGAGGAAGACGAAGGCCGAACGGAACUGGAAAUCAAGAUAAUGGAGGCCCCCAAAAAGGGACAGGAUAUCCGGAAUGUUGGUUCAGAUAUCGCCAAAGGGGAGAAAGUUUUAGAGAAGUAUCAGAAGAUUGGUCCCUCUGAGUUAGGUAUCCUAGCAACAGUGGGCGCCACAAAGGUCUUCUGCUACAAGUUUCCGGUUAUAGGGAUCAUGUCAACCGGAAAUGAGUUGCUUGAGCCAGAUGAGGCCCUGCUGGAGGGAAAAAUCAGAGACAGUAACAGAACCACGCUUAUUGCACAAUUACAGGAGCAUGGAUUGCCUGUCGUGGACCUCGGCAUAGCGGAAGAUACGACAGCCGCCCUACUCCUGAAGCUGACAGAGUCAUUAACCAUGUGUGACGUCAUAGUGACGUCUGGCGGUGUUUCAAUGGGCGAAAAGGAUCUUUUGAAGCACGUGUUGACGGACCUUGAUGCGAACAUUCAUUUUGGCCGAGUCUUUAUGAAACCAGGAAAACCAACUGCUUUUGCGACCAUCAACCACGAACAAGGGAAAAAGCUUUUCUUUGGUUUACCCGGAAAUCCAGUUUCCGCCAUUGUGACCUGUAACCUGUACGUCAUACCAGCGCUUAACAAAAUGGCGGGAAAUCCUUUCCCACAUCGGACAAUCAUUAAAGCCAAGGUUGAGGAGCGGGUUAUUUUGGACUCUCGUCCCGAGUACCACCGCGCGGUUCUUCAGUGGCGAGCAGACGACCCGAUCCCACGCGCCACCAGCACGGGCAAUCAGAUGAGCAGUCGUCUGCUGAGCAUGAAGACAGCUAACUCCCUCCUCAUUUUGCCGCCAAAAAGCGAGAGCCUGCAGACCCUUGAGCCUGGCACACUUGUGAACGCAAUGAUCAUAGGCCGUCUAUAGCCGGCGUCCAUAAUGGAGCAAAAAAAUGAAAGAAAGUGGUUUGUAAAUAUUAUUCUCUGUUUAUUGUUUUAUUGACCGGAAGAAGAGCCCAGCUGCUUCAUCUUAUCAUUGUUGAAGGUCUUUUUUCUCUCUUUGUUUUCAUUCUGUUUUUCCCUUUGUUUCUGAAAGUUAGCUCUAUAUUGAAUCAUUGUAAUUGCAGUUCCUUUGUACUUUACAUGCCUCUUGGGUAUGAGGGGGCCAUCACUUGUAUAUAAGUAAGGAAGAUAAAGACAUGGGUUUUCUUUUUUCUUCAUAAUUUUUUUUAUUGAAUAUAGACUGGCCUUAAGACAAAGAAAAAAUGGAAAGUGCAUACGUAUAUUUAGAAUUAUGAAAAAAUAUUAGCGGAAAAAACUGAUAUUUGUGAAGCUUAAAGAAAUUAAAUUUUCUCUUUUUACCUUACAUUCGUUUGUUAUACAUUGCUGAUUUGCAACACUUUAAAAAGUUGUCCUGUAUUUAGAGAAGUUUAUUGUAUUGCAGAGACUUACAUGUACAACGAACAUGCUUAAUCUAUCAGUUAUACAAUUAUAGUAUUAUACUCUUGUGUGUAUUUUUUAUUGUUGGAAUAAUUUUUAUAAAUGAAUUGUCGAUGGGUUUGUUUUUUUUUGUUUGAGAUAUAUAUAUAUAUAUUUUUUUUUUUUCUUAAAUAUCUGUCAAAGUAUUUAAAACAGGGCAUUGUGAUGGAGUUUGUUAGUAGAAAAGCACCAAGUGUACAUGUAUAUGAAUAUUAAAUAGAUCUGCGUAAUUAUUUUAAAACAAAAUUUUACAAUAAAGCCAGAUGUAACGGGUAGAAAAUAUAGUUACAUCCUAGAGAUUAAAAGGUGCAUGUGAUGUAGUUAUGUAGUUAUCUUGAAAUAAAGUUUCAAAUUCUGA